AAAUUGAGGUCUGGCAUCACUGUACAAGCGUGAGGAAUACUGUGAUCAGAGAGACGUUGCUGGCGGCGCUGUGUCCAGGUCUUCACGCAACAUGGUUCUCAGUAGGAGUCGUAGUCGGUCAGCUUCCACCAGCGGCUCGGAGAAAGAGAGGAAAUCACGAGACAAGGAGAAGAAACCACGCAAGAAGUCGUCGAGCAGUGAUAGCAGCUCCAGUAGAAGUUCGUCAAGAAGUUCUUCUGGAUCUUCGGGCAGUUCAGACAGCUCCUCCAGCAGCAGUUCAUCUUCACGUUCAUCCUCCUCCUCCUCGUCGUCGUCAUCAUCACGCUCAAGGUCUAGAGAUAAGGAGAAUAAACCAAAAGAAAAGGAGAAGGACAAAGACAAAAAGGAGGAUGCCAGAUCUACAUUCAAGGCCAAUGCAGAAAAAAGUCGUAGUCAGAGCCACGAGAAGAAACCCAAGCCCAAAAAGCCCUCAAAGUCUCGCUCAAGGUCUGGAUCGCCACGUCCCAGAAGGAAACCUCGCUCACCCACUCCAAGGCCAACUAGAAUUCAUGUUGGUCGUUUAACUCGUAAUGUUAAUAAAGAACAUCUUCAUGAGAUCUUCUCUGUUUAUGGACCAGUAAAGAGUGUUGAUGUGCCAAUGUAUGACAUUCGUGUCAAUUCUUUACUAAAUCGUGGUUAUGGAUAUAUUGACUUUGAGAAACCAGAGGAUGCAGAGAAUGCUAUGAAGCACAUGGAUGGUGGUCAGAUAGAUGGUCAAGAAAUUACAGCUGCUCCUGUACUGAUACCACGCCAAAUGCCUCCUCGUCGCCGCUCACCUCUACCUAUGCCAAUUCGCCGAGGUCCUCCUCCACGUUGGCGGUCACCCCCUCCAAGAUACAACAUGAUGCGACGCCGUUCACCACCACCAAUGCGUCGGCGUUCUCCACCGCGUCGUAGGUCUCCUCGUUCACGAUCACGUACUCCACCUAGACGUAGGAGAUAUUCACGUUCCUCCUCCUCCUCCUCUCGCUAAGUUUUUUUUAAUUGAAUUUUUUUUUUUUACAAAAAAAAAAUUGCAAUGCUAUGUAAUUUGACAUUGUAUUGUAUAAACUAGCUAACUUUUCUUGAGAAAAUUACAAAUAAGAUUAAAUAAUUUAAGAUAUAUUAUUGUUUUUUCUCAAAAUUUGGCCUCCCCCCCCCCCUCCUGUUUAGUUUAUGUAAUAAGUUAGUAUUUACUCCUGUAGGAAUGUCCAUAUAUCCAGAAGGAAACAGAAAUAACUAUUGAAUUGUCUUCAUGUUUUUAAUUUAUGGUAUAUGCUAAACGGUUAUCGAGUUCUAGUUACCAAAUCAUGUCACUAAUUAUUUAUAAAUAUAUUGUGCAUCAACCAGUUAAACUGGCUGUACAAUAUUUAUAGACAUCAAAGAUUUAGCACUGUGUUAUGAUAAGAAAAAGGUUUAAGAGAAGUAAAGUAGAAAAGUUUU